UUGUGUACAUAAGCAAUAAAUCAACAAGUUUCAUUUUAACUAAUUUGCAGUCAACAUUUUAUGGAAAAAGUUGUUUAAAUUCGUAUGACCAUCAUUUAAACACGUUGUGAAGUUAUACUCGCCAGGUGCAAUCUCCCCCUUAUAAAACCACCCAAAACUUGCAACGUGUAAAUUCGAUUUUCAAUUUGACACUUUGUCCCAAAGAAAAAAUAAAACCUCGCAACUUGUGACAAAAAAUGACAACUGGCCACUGACAUGAAAAAAUAAUCAUCCCUCAAAUAAAAACCACGACUUGUGUGAAAAAGUAAAAAGAAAAAAAAAAUUAAUGAAUUGAAAAUUAUAAAUUAAUAUAAAAAUAAUGAUGAAAUCAACAAAAACUGCAUCAUUGAUUAUAUUCAUUUCAUUUGCAUUAUUUGUAAGAAGUGAAAUACAAAUUGGUGGUAAUAAUGAAGAAGAUGAAAUAAGUGGUCUCUAUACGAUUGAAGGUAGAGUAUAUUCGCCAGAACUCUAUGCUCCAGACUCGAAUUGGCAGCGUGAAACAACACUUUCAAUAAAUAGUGGAGAAUAUAAAGGCUUCCUACGUGAAGAUGGUGCAUUUAUAAUAAGUAGUGUUCCCUCUGGAAGUUAUGUUCUAGAAAUUCAUAAUCCUGACUAUUUCUAUGAACCAGUUCGGGUUGAAAUCAAUCCAAAAGGAAAAUUCCGAGCGAGAAAAGUUAACUACGUGCAACCAUCACAGGUUAUUCAAGUGCCUUAUCCAUUAAAAUUGAAGGCACUGACACGAUUCAAAUAUUUCCAAACAAGAGAACAAUGGAAGAUUACAGAUUUCUUAUUCAGUCCAAUGGUAUUGAUGAUGUUGCUUCCAUUAUUGUUGAUGUUAAUUUUGCCAAAGAUGAUGAGUGACCCAGAGGCUAAAAAAGAAAUGGAGAAUAUGAAUUUCCCAAAGAUGACAAGUGAUAUGCCUGAAAUCAGUGAAGUGAUUACGUCAUUCCUGAAUGGCGGCAAGCCAUCAGAAAAGGAAAAGAAACCUACAACUUCAAAACAAGCAAAAAAACGAAACUAAGAAGUGUGUGUGAUUUUAGUUAAUUUGUAUCCCCUAGCUAUACAAAAUUUAUAUGUUCGUUAUACAUAGAUCCAUUGGUUGAAGUAUUCCUUAUAAUAUAGCUGUUUAUUUUAUUUCUUA